AUGGGUUUGGACAAGCCGACAAUAGCUGUUACAUGUGUGGUGUUGCUCAUUUCCACUAUAGCUGCCGUUUAUUUCUUGAAGAAGAAGAAAUGCAUGUUUUUCUGCAGUUCGAAGAAUCCUGUGACAUUGGUCGAUGAAGAGACUAAGUAUGCUCUUCCAUUAGCGGAGAAAAUAGAAGUCAGUCAUGAUACACGCAAAUUCCGCUUCCGACUGCCUUCAGAAAAACAUGUGCUAGGCCUUCCCGUUGGACAACAUGUGUACCUGAGCGCUAAAAUAGAUGGAAAGCUUGUCGUCCGUCCAUAUACGCCCGUGUCCAGUGAUGACGAUUUGGGUUACGUCUAUUUUCGUGGUGUCCAUCCAAAGUUUCCGGACGGAGGUAAAAUGAGCCAACAUCUGGAGCAGAUGAAAAUUGGCGAUACGAUUGAUUUCCGUGGGCCAUCAGGGUUGAUUGUUUAUAAAGGCAACGGGAAAUUCGCUGUACGGCCGGACAAGAAAUCACCACCCAAAGACCGCGUUUUCAAGAAAAUAUCAAUGAUUGCGGGUGGAACUGGUAUAACUCCAAUGUUACAGAUUAUAACAGCCAUUCUGAAGGAUCCUGAAGAUAAGACUCACAUCAGUUUACUUUUUGCUAACCAGUCAGAAGAUGAUAUCUUGUGCAGGAAAGAGUUGGACGAGUUAGCCGCAAAGCAUAGUGACAGAUUCAAAGUGUGGUAUACAGUUGAUCGUCCACCUGCUCUUUGGAAAUAUUCGACCGGUUUUAUAGAUGACGUCAUGAUCAAAGAGCACCUUUCAGCCCCUGCAGAAGAUUCAGCAGUCCUAAUGUGUGGCCCACCGCCGAUGAUUAACUAUGCAUGUCAUCCGAAUCUCGACAAAUUGGGUCAUGAUCAACAGAAUAGACUUGUAUUCUAG